AUGCUUCGCAGGUCUCUUGCCGCCACUGCGGCCAUCACACUCAUACCUCCAUUACUCUUCAAUGCAGCGGUGCGAUUGCACUGGAGCGGCUUCUUGUGGGCUUCUCCGCUUCUGCUUCUCGGAUGCGCCUUGAUCCUGCUGGCCACCUUCCUGUUUGCCUCUCAUAUCGCGGAUGUUCAGCUCGUCCGUCGGCGCCGGCAUCUCCACGAUGGACUUCGUUCUCUACCGCGUCUUGCCUAUCUCACUCCAGCGGCAUGGUCAGCCCAGCGCACUCGCCUGCAAUGGGCACGCGAACCGCACGGUGCAUCCUCCUUAUCAACACGAAAGUGCAUGGAUACUUCUUCACUGACUCGAGUUCUUGAUGAUGUCGUCGAACUCAUCCUGCGCGACUUUGUCUGCAAGUGGCAUACUCCCUUGGCUACAGGCUCGCUCGAUCCGACCAUCAGCGACUCUGCGCCUGAAUUUGUUCAGGCAGUGGAGCAGACAAUCCGAACUGCGCUCGACAAUGCCACAGAUAUCGUCAAGCAGCUCAAUCACGCCGAUCUGGUCGUGCGCAUACUGCUUCCUAGGAUCACUGCACACAUCCAUUCCUACCGCCGCGCUGAUGCCGACUUUCGUGGCUCGUCUGAAAACGCAGCUCAACUUGCUAGCUUCGAGACCGACCAGACCGACCUCUUUCUAGCUCGCAAAUUCGAGGGCGGGCGCCUUCAUCCUGCCGUAGGCGACAUGAGCAGCCCCAACACCAAACCGGCAGAGCAGGCAUUUCUCCGCUCCAUCUGCGCCCGGCUGCUACGCGCGUUGAUGCCGUAUCCAGAAUGCGAGAGCGCAUCUGUCAACAUUGUCGUCCGCGAGCUCCUCAGCUGCACAAUCCUUUUUGCAGUCAUCGAAUCCAUCAGCGACCCCGACUUCUGGAAUCAUCUUCUAGAGCAAAAGGCUGGCGCUGUCAUUCAUGAACAGAUCCUGGUUGGCAAGCUACGCGAUGCUUUGGACAAGCAAGAAACUCUCUCGAGUCCCAAGGUCGGCCGAACACGAAGCGUACCCUUUGUGGACAUUGAUGCCAAAAAUCUCUUGCCCUGGUCGCAGGAGACCAAGAAGGCGGAUCAAAAGUCGUUCGAUGCCUUUUUGCGAUCCAUCCGAUAUGCAACUUCUCUGCUGGAAGUUCGUAGAACCAAAAACGAUAUCGCUGUGCAGAUUAGGAAGACAAAGACGAACCUCGAGCGCUUGUCAGACAGUUCUCCCGACGGUUCCCGUGCAAAGCUGCAGUCAUAUCUUCAUCGCCUCGAGACUGCCUACGCUGUCGCCGAGCAGAAGAUCUCGCAGUUGGGCUCGGACAAGGGUCUUCCUACUGUCUCAGCCAAAGCCUCAGCGGGUGCCGAUCCAAACGCCUCUCGCGUCAAGUUGCAUGACGUGCUACUCAAUCCGUCUAGCCUCUCCUUCUUCAUGGAAUUCAUGGAUCGCCGCAAGAGAUCCAUCUUGGUACAGUUCUGGCUCCUGGUGGAAUCCUUCAAGAAUCCUCUUGAAGACGCUGAAGCAGAUUCAUCGACAGAACAGGAGCAACUCAACGCUGCUGCGAACGCGUCUCCUCCAUCUCGAGCGGCUAUCGAGAAUCUCAAAGAAGACUUACGCCUGUUUGACAGUGUCUACUACUCUACGUCUCCCAUAAAGGUGUCGAGGCGAUUUAUUGACAGCGCUAGACAGUUCCUCAGCAUCAGUGAAGAUGCUGACAUCACAGCAUUGCAAGUGUGGCGCGUCCGACGAGACGUUCUUCACGCUCAGAAAGAGAUCUACGAAGAGAUCGAGGAGGAAGACUGGCCAAGCUUCCGAGAAAGCGAGCUUUUCGUCAAGGCUGCUCAGGAUCUGCGCCCCAAUCCUCAUCUUGCCGCUGGUCUCGCAUCUAGCGUCGGCUCACUUGCCGCAGAUCCGCAAGUGUUCACAAAUACAACAUCCUUGGAAGCGAACGAGGGUUUACAUCGUCCAAUUGGACGCUCGAUUAGACCAAACCUGGAGCAUGCCGACCUCUUUGGCACUGACAAACCCAUGGGUCCCGAACCAAGACAUGCCGAUCUCUUCGGCGACUCGCCAUCCGGCAGCAGAUCCAAAGCCAGCGCCAAAUCGGAUAAUCUCGACAUUUUGAUUGGGGGGAGAACACAGCAUGCGGGGCCCGACGGAAGAACGCCUUUGUUUCGCGAAGAUCCUCUCUUUGACGAGCAGGACGAUGACGACGACGAUGGGCCGGACGAGGAAGCUCGUCGUGGCGACAACAGCUCUGAUUUGCAUCAGGUCGAAAAGAUGAACGAACUACAGAGCGUGCUGCAGACCAUCAUCGAUGAUGACAAUGACAAGAGCAGAAAGCGGUCAUCCGGAUUCGCGUCCCUCGGUUCAGAAUCAGGAUCGAAAGUGAGGCGCAGCAGCGAUCAAGACGACCAGCACCAAACACCUGACAGUAAGAAAGGCAGCGAGAUCGUCAAGAGCCUAGAAACUGCUGAUCGACCUCGCACACCUCGCGAAAGGAACAGCUCAAAAGCGGACGAUGGCUCUUUGAACGAUGCCUUUGCUGGGUUGACGAGCUUGAAUCUACGCCAAGAAAUCCGCAAGAUGGAUGCACAACUGGAAAAGCUCGAAGCACAAGCUGACAUUUUGGAUGCGCUGGCUCGGAAAGCCGAGCUGACGGGAGCGAGAAGCGGCGAGACGCGACUGCUAGCGCAGUCGAUCCAAGCGGUUCGAAGAGAAUCGCGCGACAUUCGAUGGCAGCGCAAUCAGCUCGAGCAGCAGAUGGAUGCAACUCAGCUCAUACCCGGUCGAACAAAAAUUCUGAUCCAAGAUACAAUGAUCUCGGUUGAUCAGGAAGGAAAAGAGUACGCAGUCUACCUCAUCGAGGUCAGCAUUGUAGACAAUGGGAAGAGCGAGUCUGACGACCACGGUAGGAAACCAGAUUUGGCCGUGCGGGCUGCACGUGGCUGGAUCGUAGGUAGAAGAUAUUCCGAGUUCUGGUCCUUGCAUCAAGCGCUGAAAGAGCGCUAUGCCGAAGUGCGGACGCUCGAGUCAGACUUUCCCGGCAAGAGGCUGGUCGGGCUGGUCCAUGCACCUUUCGUCGAUGCCAGAAAAGCGGCGUUAGAGAGGUACAUGCAAGCACUUGUCAAGCUCAAGGUGGCGUGCGAAAGCGAGGAGCUACGCAUCUUCCUUUCGCAGAGCCCUGCCGCCACAUUGCCGAGGAUUGAGUCGUCGGCCUCUGACGACGCAGCCACCUCACCUUCGCUCGGCACUUCGACCCCAGCUACACCCGGUAAACAGUCAGCCGCGUUUCCUGGCGGGGGGUUGGUCAAGACACUGUUCAAAGGCAUGACUGGCGUCGCGGAAGGUCUGGACGACCUGAUCGGGAUAGGUCCCUCGAUGCUCGAUGUUGUGGUCCAACGCCUGUCGACGCAGAUGCAGACCAGAUCAGGCGCCACUCUCGUCCAGGGCAUCGCUGAUAUCGACAUGGUCUCGCAAGCCAUGGACAAGGAUGCUACCGCUGCCGAGCUCCGCGAAGCAGCAGGUGCAGGCACGACCUACUGGACUGAGCCCAUCUGCGACCUCUUUACUGAGCUUUUCGAGCUGCACGAAAAGAACAAUUGGCUCCGUCGCCAAGCCAUUGUCAUUCUGUUGCAGCAGUUGUUUGGAUCCACAGUCGAGCGCAAGAUCCGUGAGACGUUCUCCAACGCUCUCUCGCCUCCCUCAAUCGCAGGCUACAUCUCCGCUUUUAAAGCCAGCCUCUGGCCCAACGGGGUGCUCAAGGAACCAACACCACCGAGGACUAGAGCGGAAAGGGACGCGCUCCGAGAAAACGCCAACAGCAAGUUGGCAAGCCUCAUCCCCGAGCUCGCCGCCAAUUUUGUUGGUCGCGAAAACGCACGAAAGGGAACGAGACGAGUGUUUGCUGCCUUGCAAAAUAAACGGCUCAACAAGCAUCUCAUUUACAGCUUGUUGGAUGUUGUAGUGGAUGAGUUGCUCGCUGUUCCAUCGUCAGCAGCGACGAAUACGCAACCAUAA